GGAACAAAUUAAUAAAAAAGAAAAAGAAAAAGAGCUGUCUAAUUACGUCAUCGAGUCGAAUCCCACUUCCCGCCAUCUCUCCCCCACCCGCCGUCGUCUAUUUUCCCCCAAAUAAGAACCCUAGCUCUCGAAAACCCCAGAAACUUUAUGCAAAGGUGAAAUUGAGGAUGGUAUCGCUAAGCUGGAAGCACCACACGCUAAUUCAAGCUCUGAUUUCGCGAGGCCCUCUCAAGGAGAAAGAGUUUCAAUCCAUCUUCACCGCCGUCACCGGCAGAAACCCUGGAGCUGCUAAGAAGAUAUUUGAUAAGUACCUUCUUGAGAUCAACAAAGAGCUCUCGUAUGUUCACUUUGAGCUGAGGGCUUGUAGAGAUCAGUAUGAUGGUCAAGUUUGUUACGGAGUUGUUAACACUGUCUCUGAUGAUCAAUCCAAACUCGGGACUAAGUAUUCUGUUCCGCAGAUUGCCUUCUUUAAAGGCAUUAUAGAAGCAAUUGCACAGGAUGAAGCUGCUCAAGGUUGCAUAUCUGGCUUUGAUGCCCUCAAUAUCCGAUUGGAGAAUCAGUUACCAAGUGAAGCCAGCAGCAGUCAACAGCAGCAAGCCCCAGCUGCAUUCAAGAACUUCUCAAUGUCGCAGAAGGACAAAACUCUCGAUGAGCUUGUAAGGGACAAAUGGCUGUGCCGCACAAGUGAGGGUAACAUCGGACUUGGUAUACGAUCUCUUCUUGACCUGCGCAGUUGGUUCAGGAACAAUGAUGUUCCCUCCUGCGAGGUUUGCAAUGAAGCUGGUGUUAAGGCGGAUUUGUGUCCAAAUGAAGGUUGUACAGUCCGGAUACACAAGUACUGCCUCAAAAACUUGUUAUCUCAAAGGGAUGAUAAAGUUUGCUCAGGCUGCGGGAAGCCAUGGCCUUUGGGUAAAGUUACAAAAGAAGAAGCUGUUGAAGCAGCAGUGGAUGAUGAGGAGGAAAACGAGACUCAAGCCACAACAGCUUUAAGGUCCAAGAAAAGAAAAGGAAGGAGCCAAAGAGACUCAGCUGAAAACUUUUCUUCCCAGGCUUCUUUAGCCUCUAGUAGUGGUGCCACUAGGAGAAGAGUAACUCGUAGCGCUGCACACUUAAAUUAGAAAAGAAAAUGUAUACUUUGAUGCAUGUUUCUGUGUCCAAACAUCACUUGAGAGAUGAAAACUCUUGUUUUAAUAUGGUUAGUUUUAUAUAUUUAUGGUUCAAUGGA